AUGUUGGAGAACUUGUUGUGGCGUCGUUCGUCCUGGGGCGCGGUGGCUACCGUCGUCGGAGUCGCCCAGCUCGUCCGAGCCCUCUUCGUCGCUGUCUUUCUGGCGAUCGAAUUGGGUCUCACCCAACUGGCCCGGCUCUUCGGAGUCAUCGCUGCCCUGGUCCGCUCUUCUGACGUGAAGAGCGAUGAAAACGUCAACAAGGAGACACUGUCAGGUGUCGAGCCCGCCGCCCCCGUUCCUUCCCUCCGCCAAUCCGACCAAGAUCGUCUUAGCCAGCUCGACGAGAGAGAAGCUGCGCUCGCCGCCUGGGACGCCACCCUCAGACAACGUGAGGAUUACAUGGCUACCAGAGAGACAAACGUCACCAACCUGGAGAUCGAGAACUACACCAAGCUCGCUCGGGUUGAUGAUCUGGAUCGAGAAAGGGAACGCCUGGAACGUGUCCGCCAACAGGUCGACCAACGCAGCGAGGAUGUCUUCCGCCCUCUGCUCGACCAGCGGAUGCGAACCCACUGGGACAAUUACGAGGCACUGAAGCAACGAUACAGUGCCAUCAAUUGUGAGUUGGACCGGGCCAACGAAAAGGCAACGGCCUAUGAUCGCCUCGUUGUCAACUGGAAAGAGUCGGUAGCCGCCGCUGCCGAGCAGGAAUGGAUCAGUCGCAAGGACCAGCUGGAACGUCAGGCCAUGGAAGCAAUUGCCAUGGCUGAACGCAAGGCUGCCAUCACCGAGGACCGGAACAAGGGACUCGAGGGACAAAUCGCCAUGUCCAACACGACCAUUCUUGCUCUCCGAGCCCAGCUCAAUGAGGUGACUGAGCGAUACGAGAAGGUGAAGGGGGAACAAGUCAAGUACCGCGAGAAUGAGGAGGCUGCUGUCAAGCGCGUGCAGUGGGGCACAAGCGUCGACGCAGACCAAGACACCCCCAUUCGCGGUAACAACGAUGAUCCGGAAGUAUCGCUCGUGGCCGCCCUGAAGGAGAUCGACCGGCUGAAGGAGCUUCACCGCGCAGAAUCGACACGUCUGACUGGUGAACUCGAGACUCUCCGCGAGGAGAAGACAGAGAUGACCAAGACGAUUGCUGCCCUCGAGGCGUUGCCCGAGUUGAAUGCCCUCGCCAUGCGUCUUUCCCAGAUGGGCCUGACAGAUUUUGAAGAAGGACACGCCGCCGUCCAGACCGAAGACCCUGAGAUGACCGCCGCCGCCGUUCAGACCGACCUGAAAGACAAGACCGAGGUCGCCCCAUGGCAAGUCAACAAGUUUAAGCGGGCCAAGCGACAGGUUGCCAUGCUGUUGGGUCAACUCUCGAGACGCAACGCGGAGACCAAGUCUUUGCGGGCUCUCAACUCCCAGCUGGUGGCCUUGAACGAAGCUCGACUUGCCGAACAGCAGGUAGAGAAUGAGUAUGAGCAAGAGGCCCUCGAAGGACACUUCCAGCAGCUACUUGCCGAGGCCACUUCUGCGCUUCAGCAGCAGGUUAGGCAGCUUGAGGAGUCCAGCGCGCAGGCUCUUACUCUGAUGGCCGACACACCCGCUCAGUCCGAAGCGCAAGUUCAGACCGAGUCUGUGGUCAUCCUCUCAGCGGAACAAUGGACCUACUGUGGUACAUUGGAAGGUGAGGUCAGCUCGCUCCGCGAGCAUAUUCAACGACAGAAGGAGCAAUUCAACAGCCAGGUCAACGAAUACCAGGAACUGCACAAGAAGAGCCUCGACACCUUGGCCCACAUUUGCGGUCUUGAGGUUCCUGCAGAGACCCUCCGCGACUUGGUUGACGACGCCCUCAAGGCCUUUGAGGAGAUCAGCCGGGCCUACCAAGACCCUGCAAUGAGCCUGCAGCUCGUCACGCUGCUUGGUCCCAAUGGAAGGCUCAAGGAGCACUUGGAAGAUCUGGAGAUUUCUGCUGAUCUGGUCUUGGAUGGGUUGAAGAAGACUGACGAUGGGGUCCCACUUCGGGCGCAAGUGGACUCGAUCCGCCAAGCGUUACCCAACUGA